AUCUGCCAGGAUCCUGGGACAGGAGUCCAGGCACCAGCCGCCAAUUCUCCCAGGACCCGGGAGCCUAGGCCCCCAGCUCCCUUCUCCCUCAGGACCCAGGAUCCAGGGCCUCGACCCCAUCCCGUUCUAAGGUGCCCAGGCUGAGGUGCAGGGGUCUGUGCCCUCCCUGGUGGAGGUGAUGCGAGGGGAGUCUGCCACUCUGGACUGCACCCCCUUGGGGACCCAAGGCCAUUUCGUGCUGGAAUGGUUCCUGGCCGACCGCUCUGGGGUCCGCCACCGCCUGGCCUCGGCCGAGGUACAGGGCUCUGAGCUCCAGGCCAGGGUGCACGACUCCCGGGGCCGCAGCCCCCCGUACCAGCUGGACUCCCGGGGACGCCUGGUGCUGACCAACGCCCAGGUGGGCGACGAGCGGGACUAUGUGUGUGUGGUGCGGGCAGGGGCAGCGGGCACCACCGAGGCCACCACGCAGCUCCGAGUGUUUGCAAAACCAGAGGCCACCGAGGUCAUCCCCAACAAGGGGAUACUGUCUGUGACGGAUGACUUUGCCCAGGAGAUCGCCGUCUGCAACAGCCCCAACGGGAACCCGGCCCCCCAGAUCACGUGGUAUCGGGACGGGCGGCGCCUGGAGGUGCCCAUGGAGGUGAACCCAGAGGGCUACACGGCCACCCGCACGGUCCGGGAGGCCUCGGGCCUGCUGUCCCUCACCAGCACCCUCUACCUGCGGCCUGGCAAGGCUGACCGCGACGCCAGCUUCCACUGCUCCGUGCGCUACCGCCUGCCCGCCGGCCAGGAGGGCCACCUGGACAGCCCCAGCUUCCACCUCAGCCUGCACUAUCCCACGGAGCACGUGCACUUCUGGGUGGGCAGCCCGUCCACCGCGGAGGGCUGGGUCCGCGAGGGGGAGUCUGUCCAGCUGUUCUGCCGGGGGGACGGCAGCCCCAGCCCGGAGUACACGUUCUUCCGCCUGCAGGACAAGCAGGAGGAUGUGCUGAAAACAGAUCUGGAGGGGAACUUGACCCUGGACGGGGUGCAGCGGGCUCACAGCGGGACCUACGGCUGCAGGGUGGAGGACUACGAUGCAGCCGAGGACGCGGAGCUCUCCCAGACCCUGGAGCUGCGCGUGGCCUACCUGGACCCCCUCGAGCUCAGCACCGGGGAGGAGCUCUCCGUACACCUGAACAGCAGCACGGCUGUCAACUGCUCCGUGCAAGGCCUGCCCGCCCCAGCCCUCCGCUGGACCAAGGACUCCAUACCCCUGGGGAACGGCCCUACGCUCUCGCUCAGCAAAAUCACCUUCGAUUCGGCUGGCACCUACUUCUGUGAGGCCUCCAUGCCCAGGGUUCCCCUCCUCAGUCGCACCCGGAGCUUCAAGCUGCUGGUUGAAGGGCCACCAGAGGUAAAGCCGGAGGAGACGCAGCCCCAGGCAGAGGGCAGCUGGAGGGAAGGAGAUGAAGUCAGGCUGGUCUGCUUUGCCCGAGGCUUCCCAGAGCCCAAGCUCAGCUGGAGCCAGUUGGGUGGCAGUCCAGCAGAGCCGGCCCCUGGAGGGCAAGGCUGGGUGAGCAGCUCUCUGACACUGAAGGUGACCAGUGCCCUGAGCCGAGACGGCGUCUCCUGUGAGGCCUCCAACCCCCACGGGAACGCACGCCACGUCUUCCACUUUGGCGCUGUGGCCCCCCAGACCGCCCAGGCUGGAGUGGCUGUCAUGGCCGUGGCCAUCAGCGUGGGCCUCCUGCUCCUCGUUGUCGCUGCCUUCUACUGCAUGAGACGCAAGGGCCGCCCUGGCUGCUGCCGGCGCGGGGAGAAGGGGGCUCCGCCACCUGGGGAGCCAGAGCUGAGCCACUCGGGGUCCGAGCGGCCGGAGCAGACGGGCCUUCUCCUGGGAAGCGCCUCUGGAGGGGCCAGGCAUGGCAGCGGCGGCUUUAGAGAUGAGUGCUGAGCUCGAGGCCCUCCAAGAGGCAGUCCCUGGACCUAACCUGGAGUUGCUCACGGGCAUCAGAGAACCAGCCCUGCUCACGCCUGCCCCCGCCUUCCCGGCCUUCCUUCUUGGGCCCUCCCUUCCUUCCUCUGCAGGCUGGGCAGGGACCGACAGCGGCCAGCUCCGAGGCUGCUGAGAGGGAGGGAGGGCAGCUGGGUGGGAGGGGACCUUCCUCCAGAGAGGGUGACUCUCCCAGGCCCCAGAAUAGCUCCUGGACCGAAGCCCAGGGCCCAGCCUGGGACGAGGCUCCGAGGGUCGGCUGGCCAGGGCUAUUUUUACCUCCUGCCUCCAUUGCUGGUCCCCCCACCUGACGUCCUGCUGCAUAGUCUGACACUGGAUCCCCACCCCCACCCCCGCGCCAUCAUCUGUGGACACUGGAGUCUGGAAUAAAUGCCGUCUGUCACGUGGACACCA